AUGAAGGCAAAUAACUUUUUUCAAACAUUCAAGGUCGAAGUCCUGAAUGGUAUGCAGGAGCUACCACUUGGAUUCAGAACGAUGUUGGCGGAAGGUGUACCGAGCACACAUCCACCAAGACCACGUGGAAAAGUCGCUACUAUAUACUCGCCGAUCGAUCGUUACGCACGUGAUUUCGCACGUGAGUACCCAGAGAUUGGAUAUCUCGAGGAGGACGACCCCGACGAAGGUGAAUCGUUGUCGCCUGCCGACGACCUCACCCUGUCGAAGCGUGUGCAACGUCGUAACGCUCGUGAUCAGAAGGACUACUACAGUGCUGUCAAUGAGGACGACGACCUCUCACCGGAGGAUCUCGAACUGGAACUCAGCCAGGAUUCAUUCAACUUUGCCAACUUUAAGAUCGCCGCAAUGAAGAAAGGUCUGUCAGAGGAGCAAGCACAUCACCAAGCGAUUCGUGACAUCUUCAACUCGCUGGAACAACGAGAGAUCGAACUCAACUUGAUUCGUCAACAGGCAAACGCAAUCGGUAUUCCAUCGUUCGAUCCACAACAACAUCUUUCCUACUUGACAUCACUCUACAAAACCGUUAGUAACAGACGUGAAGAAUUUGUAUUCAUGAUGCAUAGAGAUGAAUUGGAAGAAUCAUUAAGAUUAAAGAAAUAUUAUGGUGAAACAGCACCGGUUACAUUCGAUCAGGUAUCACAUUUCUCACCGGAGGAAUAUGACUUGUUCAUUGCUGAACAUCCAGAAUAUAAAGAGUUGUUGGCACAACCAAUUAAAGUAUCGAAGGAUUCGACUGAUGCUGAAAUAAAGGAUAGUUUGGCGAUGGAGAAAGCAAAGAAGGAAAAGAAGGCUGCCGCAAUCGCUGCUGCCGCCGCUGAGAAGACCAGAAGAGAAGCUGCCGCCAAGGCAGAGCAAGUCGAGCUCACCGAAGAGAGCACACCGGAGGAGCGUAUCACCUAUUACAAGGAGCGCGGUAUUCCACUGCCAAAGGACGGUAUCGAAUUCCAAGAGGAGGAACUCGAUGCUCUCAUCGAGGACAACGGCGAAGCGUUGAAGCGUGUCGAAGCCUAUCGUAAGUUGUUGGAGACGCUCGAGGAGGAAGAGUUGGAGGCGCUGAAUGCUCAAGCCGGAUUUGACUUGCUCGACGAACUCGACGAGAUGUCGAUAGAGUUGCAAAUGGAAAUCGGUAAGGAACUCCUCGAGACCGUACCCAUCGAAGAGGAAGACGGUGUUGUCGAACCGACCAACGAAUACGGAAACAAAUUGUCCGACUACCAUUUGGCACCGGAGGAAGAUCUCCUCGGUGACAAGAUCCGUGCCUACUGCAAGGAGAAGGGAAUCGAUAGUAUCCAUAUGUUUGAUCGUCCCGACUACGACGAGGAGAGUCUCGACUUUAUGUUUGGCGAUAAACCAGAGGUCGACAGAUACGACGCCGACGGAGACGCCGACGAAGCAUCGCCAAGUCAAUUCUCGAAGGAGGUCGAUUCCUUCAAUGAGAAGCUGAAUGAGAUGGAGAAUGAGAAAUGGAUCAAACUCGACAAGAAUGAAUUCAUCCAGAAGGUGUUCAAGGACAAUCGUUCGCCAUUCGCCGACCUCUCGGUCACCGAAGACGGCACCAUCGUAAAGGCAACCAAAGACGACCCAAGAGAGUUGUUCAAGAACAACUACGCCGACAGUCUCUGGAGUGAGAGCACCAACAUCGAGUACCCGGUGGUUUGUUCGCGUGAGGCAAUCAACCAGUUGAACGACAAGAAACAGAUCUCACCAGAGUUGGCCAAGUACUUUAACAUCGAGGCCAGUCCAGAGCAAACCGCAGCCACCGAAGCCAAACUCCAACAAUACUACGAGUCAGAUCUCGCCAACUUGGAUACAUUCAACGAGUUGAACAGAUUCCAAGAGGUUCCACCCACCACCUACAAGGCAGUGCUCAACGUCAACAAAUUCAACGAAGCAUUCGAGAAGACUCUAGAUCAAGCGGUCAACACACUCUACGUCGAUCCCGAGCAAGCUUCAACCAAGAUCAAAUCAUCGGCUGAAGUAGAUGAUAUCGAUGUUGAAGAUGCUGCACCACAAGGUGUAGAUAGUAAUGGCAACAACAGCACUGCUGUUACCGACGCAGCAGCUAGCAACAACUCAGAGACACGUAAUCUCUUGUUGAUGUUGAAAGCAUCGAAUGAAUUGGAUAACACCAAUGAGAAGAUCAAUCAGAUUAGUCAACUCUUUGAAUUCAAAGAGAACGAACAAAUUAAGAGCUUAUUGGCCGAGAAGGAUCAGUUGUUUGGCAACAAGGAGCCAACCGUUGAGGAUUACCUCCAGAUGGAUGAAGCUACAUUUGCCCGUAUCUCCAGUAGAGUAUCGCAGAUCGACAGUCAGAUCAAACAGUUGCAAGCUGUUGCCACGUUGAAGGAGAACUUGGCCACACGUUACUCUGACCGUUAUCGUCGUCAAAAGGUUGCAGCCAUCGAUAGAAUCCGUGGUUUGCAACGUCGUCAAGUCGAGCUCGAGAAGCGUCUCAAUAGAAUCGAACACGCCACACCCGAACUACACAGACUUGUCACCAGUCAGCAGGUAGAGAGUCCACUGGACCGUGCUGCCGAAGCAUUGUUCGAAGGCAUUGCAUCGGUUGACUCACAGCGUGCACGUACCAACAUCAUUGAACAACACGCACUGCCAGUAUCACAGCAAUUGAUUCAAUCGGUAUGGCCAACCAUAGAUUUGGAAACAAAGAAACGUAUAUUAUCUCAAUUUAAACAACAAAAAUUACAACAACAAAAAGAACAACAACAAGAACAACAACCAACAGAUGAUUUUUGGUAUUUACAACAACAACAACAAGAAAACAACACCAAUGAAACAAAUAGCAACACAAACAACAACAACAACACAUCAGCAGAUCAAUAUGAUCCUAAAAACUAUAAAAACUUAAAAGAUUUAUUUACUAAACAACAAUAA